CUCUCUCUCUCUCUCUCCUGCGUCUCUAUCCGCUCGAUUCGAAAUUCUCUCGCGAUCUUUUGCCAUUUUUUCUUUCUCCUCCCAAGAUUUGCCCUAAUCGAUACCAUCAAUUAAUCGAAGGAACAUUCGAAUAAUCCCCCUCACUGGUCUAUUCCACUCUAUGUUUGUUCAAUUCAAUUGCAUGUGGUGAUCCAUGGGUGCAUUGAUUGAAGCAGAGGGAAAUGAGGUAACAGGUGUUGAAAAGAAUCGUGCUGAUAAGAUCUGUGCUUCCAAUCCUGUGGUUUACCAGCUUGUUCGGGUUGGAGUGGAUGGGAAGCUAGUUCCAGCAACAGAUGAUGAGCUUAUGGAGGUUGAGCAUUUGCUUAAAGAUGAUAGGAGACAACUUCAAUCAGUUGUAGCUGAAAAGGGCACUGAACAAUGCCCUUCCAGUGAACUGUUAUUACCAAAGACUUCCAACUUAGAAGGACUUUCGUUGUGUGCGGGCGUCGAAGUUGAUCCUGAGAAGUUAAAUGACAGGCUCAAGGACAAGGGACUGCAGCUUAAGUGUGAAUCUGUCAGCCAUUCUCCAAAGGAUGUAACUGUUGGUGGCGAAUCAUCUGAUGGUAUUAGCCAUUCAAAGUCGUGUGAUGACAACUUCCGACCUGGGAAAACUUCAGCGGGAACUGAUGCAAGUGUAUCUUGUUUAAAUGUCAAGGAGCCUGCUCAAUUUGAGAGUUCAGAGACUGUCACUGAACCUGCAAGUGAUGCUGUUGCAAGUAUAUCAUCAAUCUCCGAAUCACACACUAGUUCAGACCCUGAUUUUUCGAUAUUGAAAGGGGAGUUAUGCUUGGAUAAUCUCACUAUAAGGGAACUGCAGAAGGUUUUCAGGGCUACUUUUGGGCGUCAGACUUCUGUCAAGGACAAGCUGUGGCUUAAGCGUCGUAUUACAAUGGGAUUAACAAAUUCUUGCGAGGUCCCAACUACAAGCAUAGUUAUUAAAGAUAACAAGGUAGUUCAUGUAAAGGGGAAAGAAGAACCUUGCAGUACCCAACAAGUUACUUCUGAAACAGGCUCUCUUGCUCAUAAUCAAAUGAGUAAUCCAGUAAAUGACAGAGUUGGGGAUUCACCAAGCAAACCCAUCGAUCAGAUGAAAGAUGAGCAGGUAUUAUUGGGCAAGAGGCUCAGGAAACCUCCUCCUGAACAUGACAUGAUGGAUGAAAAUAUCCAAAUUGAGCAUUCUGCCAAUAAGAGGAUCAGAAAGCCCACUAAACGUUACAUUGAGGAACUUUCAGAUGUUGAAACCAGGGAUAGUACUGGAAGAUUAGUUUCUUCUGUAAAGGAUUCUGAGCGUCAUCAGCUAUCUCUGAAACCUCAGGUCAAGCCACUUCAUGAUAUUGGUUCCCGAGGCAAAACUUUUGUCACUAGAAAGGAUUCUAUUGGUGGUUGUGGCAUCCAAAUACCGUAUGUCUCUAGGAUGAGAAGAGGAAAACCUAGGAAAGAUCUCUAUGCUCUUACGAAAUUUGGUGGUAUAGAGAGUGAUAGAAGGGACACAGAAACAUCAUAUAGCGAAGAAGAGCAAGAUCCGGAUAAUGAAAAGAUAAAUCCUGCGAGUGUUACCUCUUCAGACAAUGAUGCUGAUGCAGUGCAUGCUGAUAAAGGGAGAACACUGAAAGUUGGCGUCAAGAGGAAACAUCACCGAGCUUGGACUCUUUCUGAGGUAUUAAGGCUAGUUGAAGGAGUGGCUCGUUAUGGAGCUGGAAGGUGGUCUGUAAUCAGACAGGUAGCCUUUGCUUCAUAUUCUUAUCGCACCUCCGUGGAUCUGAAGGAUAAAUGGCGGAAUCUCAUCAAAGCUAGCUUUGCACAGUAUCCUUCAGAUCAAGGGGCCAAGAACUUCAGGAAACCGACUUCAGUGCCAAUACCAUCAUCGAUUCUGAUGAGGGUGAGGGAAUUGGCAGAAUUGCACUCGCAGUCUGGAAUUGAAUUUGGGCCCGGUAAAUUUGCAGGGCAUGGUAGAGAAAUUGUACAGGAGAAGGGAUCCGGGUUCCUAUGAUCAUCUGCGUAUGUAAAAAAAGAGAAAUUAUGUACAGUGUGUGACUAGCUGUUUUAGUGAGCUGUUUCUUUUGCUUCGAAUGCGGAACUGAAUCUUCAGACUGUCUGUCUGUAUUCCUGGAAAGAAGUAAUAGAAUACUUUUGUCUUGCACA